UGCAUUUUCUCUCUGAUAAUUCAGUUACAUUGCAUAUUGUGUUUCUUUAAAUUUGUUCAUGGGGGUGGCAGUACUCACUACUAUACAUCUAGUACCUUUAUUAAGUGAGUUCGAAAAAUAAAAAUGUAGUGCUUCAGAUUGAUCUUGGAACUUCAAAGUGAAUUUUGAAUUUCCUAAACCACCGAGUCAAUAUCUAGUCUUAGGAAUACUAAACCUAUAUAUACACACUAAAAAUUUUAAAAUCUUAUAUAUACUGUGUAUUUUUUUGCUGGGUUUCGGGUGAACACCCUUGCCCCCUCUAGAUCCAACCUUGGUGGUACUAGGGGUUUUAUAAAGUAUAUUGCUCAGACUCUUCAUAAAUGUCAUCAGGAUCAGUUUACAAUCUUCAAGAAAAUGAACUACUACUAUAUUGUUGUCAUUAGUCUGCUGUUAGUCCUUUCAACUUCAGUAAAUGGUCAAGCUAUUGGAUCACCAAGUCUAGCUCCUGCACCAGCACCAGGUCCAGAAUACACGAACCUAACCGAACUACUCUCGGUUGCAGGCCCGUUCAACACGUUCCUUGACUACCUCAUAUCCACGAAAGUCAUCGACACGUUCCAAGAACAAGCCAACAACACAGUAGAAGGGAUCACAUUGUUUGUACCUAAAGACUCAGCCUUUUCAAAACUCAAGAAACCUUCUCUUUCGAAUCUCACAGCUGAUCAACUCAAGUCCCUUUGUCUUUUCCAUGCAUUGCCACAUUAUUAUAGUUUAGCUGAUUUCAAGAACCUUAGUGAAAUUAGCCCUGUUAAUACUUUUGCUGGAGGAGAAUUGUACUCUUUGAACUUCACUGAUGUGUCCGGGACCGUUCAUCUUAGCUCAGGAUGGGCUAAUACUAAAGUUAGUAGUGCGGUUCAUGCUAGUUAUCCGGUUGCUGUUUAUCAGGUGGACAAAGUUUUACUUCCUGAAGCAAUUUUCGGGACUGAUAUACCACCAUCCGCUGCACCAGCACCAGCACCAGCACCAGUAGUAGACAUUGCCCCGGCCGCUGAUAGUCCUGAUGGCAAAAGUUUAGCAGCGUCAUCUCCGGAUUCUCCAUCGCAUUCGUCUACUCAUAGGAUGAUGUGUUGGGGCAUGUUGAAUCACUUGUUCUUGGCAAUUGCUGGUGGACUCUUGAUGUUCUUGUAAAUUUUUGUUGUGUAACUUACGUUUGCAUGUUCUGUUCUUAUUGGUUUUGAUGUACACUGUAUUCUUUUUUGUCACACUUUUUGUUGAUUGGGUUAUGUGAGGACUGAGAUUUGUUAUUGGUUACAGUUACUAUUUAUACACACAAAUUGAUUCUUGUUGUAAGUCUGAACUGGGCUCUUCUACUAUCAUGAAUUGGUGGAAAUGAGAAAGUACUACCUAAGUAUUAUGUAAUAGAAGGAUGUUUAUCAAAGUUAAAAAGUUAUGUUUUAUAGAACUGCUUGAAGAUUGGUAAUGUUA